AUGCUAUUUUUCUUUAUAGGAAUGUUUUCUUUAGGAGUAUUAAUUACUCAAAUUAUCUCAUUUUAGUGGUUUUAAACUAACUAAGAUAACAACUACCAUAAGAUAAUAGAUCUUUGGUUGAAAGAUCCAAUAGAGUAACUUUAUUUAAAAGAUGUAAACUAAGAUUGCCCAUAAGGUACAAGUACAUUUGAUUUGCAAUUUUAGUAUCCAGGAAACUCUGGAUUAUGUAUUUGUGUUAAGGAUGACACUUAUUAUGGAUAAAAUAGUAACAACGCAUAUAAUAAUCGAAAUUAUAGAAUAUUAUAAGGUAAUUAUUUUGAAUGUUCAAAGAAUACUUGUGGUUAAAACUAAGUUUCCCAGCAAAUUAUCUAGCCAAUAAAUAAUGUUAAUUUAAAUUAUUUCUUCUUUAACCUAACUAAGAAUUCCACUCAAAAGAUUUGCAUGAGUAAAGUUCCAAGAUACUCAUUCGCAUUAAAAGCUCCUUUAUAAAAUUAAUGUGAGAGCUAUGAAAAAUAUUGUGAUUUUCAUACUACAAACAAAGACACAUUUGAUCUAGAUUAAGGCUAUUGCAUUCCGAAAGAUAAAGAAUGUUAAAUUUAGGGAGUCAAUCUAGGAUAUUAUACUCAAUCAGUUAUUGAUUAGCUCCCUAUAGUUGAUAUCAGUAUAUCUACCAAAUAAAAAAUAGAUGCAUAUAAUGUACAUAUUUAUGAUACAAUAAACGAAAAAAUCUUGCUAAAUAUGAAUAAUAUAACAUAUGAUUCUCACUAUAAUAAUUUCCUUAAUCAAGAAUUUUAAAUUAAUAUCAGCCAUAUGCCAAGAGUUAAGCUUAGAUGCAGAUAAGAAUUAUAGUAGAAUCUUAGUACUUAUUUUGGCCCUGAGAGUGCCUAUCAAAUCAGUUUAGCUCUCCUUAUCUUUUCAAUUCUUUCAUGUGCAAUUAACUUUUUGUAUAUUGGAUUUGGAGAUUUAUUUGAAAUGAAUGUGUGCCUAACUGGCUGUAAAAAAUAUUGUGAAUUAAAAAGAGUAUAAAAAAAAAAUUCUACUUUUAAAAAUUCUAUGAUUAUUUUGAAACCUAUUUUGCUCAUAAUGAUAAUUAUAUUAAAUGGUGUUAUGAUUCUUUGUUAUACAAAUAUGCUAGAUUAUAUGCUGUAUAUGGUUAAUGAUAAAUGCCUUGAUUAGUAUAUAAAUUAGACUUUCAGCUAUUAAAAUACAGCAUAACCAUAAAUCUAUCAAGAAGGCUUAACUUAUACAGGUUUAAUGCUUGCAGGAAUAUAAUUAUUAUUUGACUAAAUGUUAUAUCUAUCAAUAAAGAAUGUUAUCUUGUAUAUUUAUUCAAUAAUAAAAUGUCAAAAAAGUCAAAAAAAACGAUCAAAUGCUUAAAUAGAAACAGUAACUAAUUCUAACUUGAAGUAAGAAAAUAAAAAACAAGAUGUUCAAAAUAAUGCAACACCAAAUUUAAAUGACUAAGCAAGAUUAUCAACUUUAACUCCUGUUAUUCCGAAAGCGCCAUUGAAUUUAGAUAUCUUUGUUAAUAAAAGUAAGUAUGAAGAAAAAACGAAUUUUGAUAAAUAAAAGACAGAAUUAAAUUAAUAAAAAUAUAUUAAUAGCCCCAUUUAAAUAUAUCAAGAUGAGGGAUAGAACAAUUAUUUAACACCAGUUUAUAUCCUAGGAAAAAGUAUAUCAAAAAGAUAAAAUGACAUUGAACUUAACUUAUAAUAAAAUCAAUUAAUUAAUUUAAAUAAUCAAUAAUACAUUCCUUCUUCAAAUUAUCCAAUAUAUUAAAAUCAACAUAAUUUAAUUGAAGAUAAAAAGAAUACUAAUAAUAUCUAGUAAUUUAAGAAAAGAAGAAAUUCAGGUGUAAUACAACCACCUGAAGCUCCUCUACCUCCUGAGUAGAGUGAAAAAUCUCAAUUUUCCAUUGUAAACUUGGAUAAUAUUUGA